CCGCGGGGAGUGCCGGAGUAGACGGUGCUGCUGCCGCUGCUGCUGCUGCUGCCGCUGCUGCCGCCGCCGUCGCCGCCGCCGGGGGUCUGGCGUGCCCCGCCACCCCGGGCCGCUGAGUGCCGAGGCCGCCGGCGGAACAUGGCGCCCUGCACGUUCUGGCGCUGCUGCCAGCGCACCGUGGGCUGGGUGCCGGUGCUCUUCAUCACCUUCGUGGUCGUGUGGUCCUACUACGCGUACGUGGUGGAGCUGUGCGUGUUUACACUUUCUGGAAAUGGAGAGAACGGAAAGGCCGUUGUUUACCUUGUGGCUUUCCAUCUGUUCAUUGUUAUGUUUGUAUGGUCCUAUUGGAUGACAAUUUUCACGUCUCCCGCUUCCCCCUCCAAAGAGUUCUGCUUGUCCAAUUCUGAAAAGGAACGUUACGAAAAGGAAUUCAGCCAAGAAAGACAGCAAGAAAUUUUGAGAAGAGCAGCAAGGGACUUACCUAUCUAUACCGCAUCAGCUUCAAAGAGUAAGAAAAACAAAUCUUCAGCUUUUCUUCCCAAAGAAUUUUUAAAAUAUGCCGUCAGAUAUUGUGAGAGAUGUCAGCUGAUUAAGCCUGACCGUGCACAUCACUGCUCAGCAUGUGACAUGUGUAUCCUUAAGAUGGAUCAUCACUGUCCUUGGGUGAAUAACUGUGUGGGAUUUUCUAAUUACAAAUUCUUCCUGCUAUUUUUAUUGUACUCUCUAUUAUAUUGCCUUUUCGUGGCUACAACAGUUUUACAGUACUUUAUAAAAUUUUGGACGAAUGAACUCUCAGAUACACGUGCAAAAUUCCACAUACUUUUUCUUUUCUUUGUGUCGACGAUGUUCUUCAUCAGCGUGUUGUCACUUCUCAGCUACCACUGCUGGCUAGUUGGAAAAAACAGAACAACCAUAGAAUCAUUCCGUGCACCCACAUUUUCAUAUGGACCUGAUGGAAACGGUUUCUCGCUUGGAUGCAGUAAAAAUUGGAGACAAGUCUUUGGCGAUGAAAAGAAAUAUUGGCUACUUCCAAUAUUUUCAAGUCAGGGUGAUGGCUGCAGUUUUCCGACUCGUCUUGUGGGGACGGAUCCAGAACAAGCUUCUGUUUCAAACCACAGUGAAAAUACCAGAAGUAUUGGCUCAAAUCCACCCUUUCCUAUCAAACCGCUUAGUGAAUCAAAAAACCGCUUGUUGGACAGUGAACCUCAGUGGCUAGAGAAUGGAUCUGAAGAAGGUGUCGUCAGAUCAGGGACAAAUAACCAUGUAACAGUGGCAAUAGAAAAUUGAGUACCACUUGUUCAUAACUAACCAGUUGAAUAAGAGCAAGGUUUAUAAAAACAUUAUGGACGGAAUAUUUUCAGUUUUAUAUGCAAGAAGAUGAUCAAUGGAAUUAAAUAAUUGAAGUAUAAAUGAAGAUAUAUUUUUUAACAAAGGAAACCUUUGUACAGAUUGUUGGCUCCACAGAAGCACUACUCCAGAGCUGGAAGAUGCCUUAAUCUUAAAAUAGCCCAUUUGUUCAACACUGACUUACAGCUACAAAAGUGACUUAGUUUUACUUUGGAAAUAACAUUUACUCAUAAUAACGUAUUAUGAUAUGCUAUAAUAUGAGCUGUCAGGUCACAUGUUAACAUGGCGUAUGUAUUCUUUUGAUACCUGAGUUACAUUAUUAGAGUUGUUUCUUAGUAUCCAUAUAAAUUUUCACUCCAGAAACACAAGGUGAAAACUUGUCUUAAGUGAAGUACAUCUAGGUCAGUAUGGUGGCUGAAAGUGCUUGUACUGGGUAAGAAAAAGAAAAUAAUUGCUUUAAAAACAACUUGGUGUUUGCUAAUUUAUAGUUACUGUUUUAUACUUUUCAACAUUUUUACUAAAGAUUUUUUUUUAUUUUUGGCUAUAAAAUAACACUCAGAAGGAUUUAGAUACCUAAUCAUUUAAAACAUGGAGCAUAUUUGUAUAAUUCAUUGAAGGCUUAGUUCUAAGCAUUAAUUAAACCUUGUGCAGUGUUGUGCCCAAGGCUUAAAGAAAAUGUGGCAGUAUAAGAAAUUUUUUUGUUUCUCUCUGCUUUUAAUAUACUCUUUUGUUGAACUUUCAUGGGUAUUUAUACAGGUAGGGAAACAAAGGUUACGUGUGCUAUAGAAAUAUUGGACACAGUAGGAUUGGGUAGAAGUGGCUAGAAGAAAAGUAAAGCGAAAGACAAGCUACAGAAAGCUGCUAAAGUAUGUUUUCAGAGUGCUGCCUGCUGCUGAGUUGACUUUCAAAUUUCAAUUUAGGUAAUGACUGAAAUUUGCUUUGAAACUUUGUACAGUAAUCCUGUAAUAGCUUAAACAGCAACAUAAAAUACAAUGUGAACUAGGGUAAAACUGUUUAGCAUAACACUGCUCUCAAGAAGGAAAUUCUCACUUGAGUAGUCAUUCAGAACUUCCAUUCUCUGAGAGGUGGAUUCCACUCUUACAUGCAGGAUUUUAAAUCUGACUUCCUAACAGCAACCCCUUUCUGCCUAGACACUUAUCCCCCUUUUCCUUUUGAAAUCCAAUCUAAGUGACAGGGAUCGUUGCAUUAAUUCUAAAGAAAAAUACAGUGUCCUAUAGUGGAGAAACAAUAUACAGAUGUUACUCCUGCUUUAUACUCUGCUUAGUUAGCCACACACAAGCUAAAAUGAUUGCUUCCAGUAGUGGGUGGAGAUCAGUUUUAACCAGCGUCUGUAAAAACAUGUUAUAGUUUCCUUGUCUAUAAAUCAGGGUUGGGGAGAGGGGUGUUACGAAUGAUUUCGACUGGACGACCUUUAACAUUCUUCAAUUUCUAAUUUUGCACAGUACCUUACUUAACAUUCGUCCAACAGAUAUUUUUGGAGUUCUUUCCGGACGCCAAACAAUAUACUAGGGAUAGCUCUAUAAUCUCCUAAUGUAGCAUAAAUUUUAUAGCCUACUCUUCCAGGUUUAUAAUUUAUAGGAUGUCUAAUUCCAUGGGCUAUAUUGAUAUUAGAUGUUAAAAGAAAGUAAUUUUUUUCCCCUUUGAACUAGAGGAAUGAGUUAGCUUUGAAAAUAUAGUUUGGAAUACUAUAAUACAGCUUCUAUCUUUAUUUCAACACUGUAGUCUUAAUAAUCUUGAUUCUAGAAAACUUAUGAGAGUUAAGGGAUACCGAUUUACCAACCAGAAACAUCAGUGUGGCAGUUUUGAGUAUUAUAAGGAAAUAGUAAAUGUUUAAACGUAAGUGACUGCUUUCAGAACUGUCCUGGUACUUCUUGUGGGUAUUUUUACAUUUACGUCAAGAGGAUUUGCAUGCACCUGAUUAACAACUGAGGAAACUUAAUUUUCCCUUUAACCUAUUUGGGUGCUUUUGUGGUGUUUCUCUUUUUCAGUUCUUUCAGUAUCUGUUAACAUCAUCUUAAUAGCAUAGUAAACACCUUUUCAGGAAUUUUCAGCUAAAGCCUUUUAAUUUAGUUACCUUUGGUUCAAUUAAUUUAUGGCCAACAUUUGCCACGUUCUAAAUAUUUGGCUUCGUUUAGUUGUACAUAUUAAUGACUGUUCAGCAAGGGCCUACAAGUGGUAUGGGAAUCAGGGAAAGGCUGCCUCUUUGGUAUUUCUCUGGGAUUGAUUAGUGCUGCCAACCUUUGCAGAGAAAUGGUCAAAAUGAAGCCCUGUCAAAAUUCAUUAGUACUGUCUCUGUUCCUUCAGACACUUGAACAGUUGUGAUAUUUAAGGAAAAUAAAGUUGAAUUUCAGGUCUUGCCAUUGCCAUUAAAAACAAAUUAGACAGGAAACUUGGUUUGACGUGGGUACAAACUUACUUGAAUAUUCAGUACCUGAGGCAUCUGACCACUGUCACUGUGCCAAACCAAAGAGCAGCUACAGCUUAGUGGUCACUGAACUUGCACCGCUUACAUAGUAGAGUUUCAUCUUUGCAUAGGGAUGAUUUUUUAAAAUCCUUUUACAUAUUUAGUGGUUAUGAUCCAAUGUGUCAUAAGUUAAUUUAACUUAGUUUAAAUAUGCAAUGUUUACUUGAAUUUAUUUCUAUUAAUAGCAGAUUUUGACUGUAGGAUUUGCAGAUUUUUCAGUCAUGUGAGAUUUCCCUUCAGUCAUCUUUAAAGCAGAUACAUAUUAAGGGCUGUUAGGAUCUGCAUAUUUGGGGCGCUGAAAACACAAGUGACUUACAAAUAUGUUUUGCUUACAUUUUGUUCUAGGACUAGCACUGCUAUCAAUGAAAAGUAUUUUUAACUAAUCUAUUAGAGAAAUUAACCAUAUUUUUGCAUUUCAGCCAAAAUAAAGGCCGUAUCUCAUAUUCUGUAAGAUACAGCUAAUAUGUAAAUCUGAAAUUCAUGUGUUUCUUACGAUCUGAACUGUAUUUUCCAACUUAAAUUAAAAAUGCAAGAUAGAUUCAGCAAGGUCCAUAUUUUUCUAACGACUUCACUUUAUAUUAUUUUGCUGAGUUGCAUAAAGAAGCAAGGAAUUGUAUUUGUAUUAAAAGCUUCAGAAAGCUGUUGAGUUUAUCACAUUUGUACAUGAUUGCAGGUUAGUCUAUGCCCAUUUACAGAAAAGGUGGGCACUAUUUUAAAGUGAUCUUUAAUAUGUUUUUAUAUAAACAAAUUUGAAAUACAGUUUACUUUGGUCGUUUUUACAUAUCAUGUCCCGUAAAUCUUGUAUUUGUGUCUCAUAAGUGUAACCCUGGACCAUGACUUAAUGUUAUCUUUGCUUUGUCUUUUGGGUGGCCUAACCUACAUUAACACGAAGGCUGAACAUUUUAAAACUUGUUUUUCCAAAAAUCAUAAUAACGAUUACUUUAUUAAUAAAUAAAUAAAGUCCUGUAUUUGAACA